ACCUGGCAUAUUGAUUUUAUUGUAAAAGUGGAAAUAAAAGUCAUCUUCCAAACCUAGGGUCCAGCCGAGCCCUACCCUACUUAGUUGUUGCAUUUAAAUGCAAUUUUACACAACGCGAACAUAAUUCCUCAGAAUGGGUGACAACGAGCAGAAGGCCCUGCAGCUGAUGGCUGACGCCGAGAAGAAGUUGACACAACAAAAAGGAUUUCUGGGCUCUCUUUUCGGAGGGUCAAACAAGGUUGAAGAUGCCAUCGAGUGCUAUCAGCGUGCUGGCAACAUGUUCAAAAUGUCAAAGAACUGGACAAAGGCUGGCGAAUGCUUCUGUGAGGCGGCCACUUUGCACGCCCGUGCUGGCAGUCGCCAUGAUGCAGGCACCUGCUAUGUGGAUGCCUCCAACUGCUACAAAAAGGUUGAUGUUGAGAACGCUGUCGCCUGUCUGAUGAAGUCCAUCGACAUUUACACGGACAUGGGUCGAUUCACGAUGGCCGCCAAGCACCACCAAAGCAUCGCUGAAAUGUACGAGGCUGAUUCCAAUACUCUGGCUAAAUCGAUUCAACACUAUGAGCAGGCUGCCGACUACUUUAAGGGCGAGGAGUCUGUGAGCUCGGCCAACAAGUGCAUGCUGAAGGUUGCCCAGUACGCAGCCCAGUUGGAGGACUACGAGAAAGCAAUAUCCAUAUACGAGCAGGUGGCUGCCUCAUCGCUGGAGAGCUCGUUGCUCAAGUACAGCGCCAAGGAGUACUUCUUUCGUGCCGCUCUCUGUCAUUUGAGUGUCGAUCUGCUGAAUGCCCAGCAUGCAAUCCAGAAAUAUGCGGAGCAGUAUCCAGCAUUCCAGGACUCGCGAGAGUUCAAGCUCAUUAAGGUUUUGUGCGAGCAUCUUGAGGAACAGAACAUUGAGGGCUUCACAGAGGCAGUUAAGGACUACGAUAGCAUCUCACGAUUGGAUCAGUGGUACACCACCAUUUUACUCCGAAUCAAGAAGGCUGCGGACGAGGAUCCAGAUUUGCGAUAAAUUAAUCAAACACAAACUAAUAUGAUCUGAUAAAUUCACGUACACAUUUACUAAAUGCUUUAUUCGUUUCGGAAUUUAAUAUACCUAUGCAAUAUAACUACAGAAUUAAUUAAACAAGUGGCACUGCUCGUCACAGAAAAGACACACACACAUAAUCCCAUUAAAAACGGAACUAACUUACAGUUGAAUAAUAUAUUAAGCAGCCGCCCCAUAAAAUGCCAGCUUACCGGAUGGGAUAGCUAUCAGCUAAGAAUACUCCCAGACGAAUAUCAGCUCCUUGCAACGAAUAAAUAAAUCAAGCCAAAUGCCACUGUUAAUAUUAUGUUUGGAAAA